AUGUCCUCAAAGGUUAAGAUUGGCAUCAUCGGAGGAUCUGGGUUGGACGACAGCCAGAUUAUUGAGAAUCGCACCGAGCGCGUGGUAAACACACACUUUGGUAUUCCUUCCGAUGUCCUAAUUGAAGGAAAGAUUGCCGGUGUAGAUUGCGUUCUGCUGGCGCGUCACGGUAGAAAUCAUUCGAUUAUGCCAUCGAACGUCAACUAUCGGGCCAACAUUUGGGCACUGAAAACGCUUGGCUGCACGCAUGUGAUUGUAUCGACAGCUACCGGUUCGUUGAAGGAAGAAAUGCAUCCCGGCGAUAUUGUGAUUCCGGACAAUUUUAUCGACCGUACAACGAAACGUGUGCAAACGUUUUACGAUGGCAACGAGUUGCUGUCGGGCGUCUGUCACAUUCCGAUGGAACCGGCAUUCUGCAAUCGUACGCGUGACGUUCUCAUCGAAACGGCUCGAGGCAUCGGGCUUGGAGUACACGAGAAGGGUACAGUCGUUACCAUCGAGGGUCCCCGUUUUUCGAGUAAAGCGGAAAGCAAUCUAUUCCGCCAGUGGGGUGCCGAUCUUGUAAACAUGACACUGGUACCAGAAGUAGUACUGGCGAAGGAGGCUGGUCUCUGCUAUGCCGCGAUUGCAAUGGCAACCGAUUACGAUUGCUGGAGAGAGACGGGUGAGGAUGUGAAUGUGGCAGAUGUGUUGGCAACGUUCAAGAAGAACGUUACCAAGGUAACUGAUCUGAUUAUCAACGCUAUACCGAAGGUAGCCGCCCUAGAUUGGUCGGAUACGAUUGAAGAGCUGGGGAAGACAGUAAAUACCAGCAUUAUGCUUCCCCAUUCAAACUAA